CACGACAGCCCAAUUGCGUCGCGCUUCUUCCCGUCCUCUUUUUAAUAUUCCCUUUCCUCUCCGCCCCGUCCUUAAUGAAGCGAAUACGCAUAUCAUCAUGUGCCACUCCCUCGCUGGCCCCGAGUGCCGCGCGCCGCCCGCUCUGUCCCUAUGCCACCGCCCUGCACAGGACCAUCGCGCCUCAUAACCACCGGAUACAAGCGCGGUUCCAGACGACGGCCGCCGUUGAAGAAUUCGGGGGCCAGCAGAUCGAGAUAGAAACGCCCGCGUUCAAGACGGAGAAGGCACGGAGCCCGUCACGAAGACCCCAUCGCCAUGUAAAGCCCGAGCACAUGCCAUCACCACAUCCUUACGAGGCCAAUCAAUCAAUAAAGCUAUCAGCCCUCCGCGCGCGUCUAUCGCUGCCCCAACGAUUUCCUCUGCAGACGCUCGCCCGCACGCUGGUGCACCCUUCCGCCGACCCUGAUCCCGCCUUCAACAAUGCUUCCCUAAGCAUCCUCGGAGGCAAUCUCCUUAGCUACUACACCUCCGAACACUUGCUCUGCAACUAUCCUCGUCUUCCUAUCGAGGUUGUGUUCGCUGCAACGGAAGCCUAUGUUGGGCCCAGGGCCUUGGCCAUAGUUGCCAGCGAAUGGGGCAUCGAGGCCGCCGCGGAGCCGGGAGGUGAAGUAGAGCCCGGGCUGUUGCAAUUCAAGCGACUGAAGCCUGGAGAGGGCAUUCCCGCGGCAUUGCGGAAGCAAGUGCCAUGGAAGUGGAACGUCACCCAAACACACAGGAUCGUCGCAACAGACGAGUUCGGCUCUCGUAACGCGCCGCCGACCCCGCAGUCUUUGGCCAAUGUCCCAGUACCCAUGGAAGAGGCUGCGCAGUCAUUUGUGCGUGCCCUGGUUGGAUCGUUACAUCUGCACCUCGGAGCACCCCUGGUGAAGCGUUUCUUCAAGAGCCACUUCCUCAGCCGACACCUCGAGAUCUCCGACAUGUUCGACUUCCGCACACCUACCCGCGAUCUGUCACGUCUUUGCGCACGAGAAGGCUUCGAAGCCCCGGUCGCUCGCUUGAUCUCAGAAACUGGUCGUUUGAGCAGACACCCCGUCUUCGUUGUGGGUAUCUAUAGCGGAAAAGACAAGCUAGGGGAAGGAGCCGGAGCCUCACUGGAGGAGGCAAGAUUCCGCGCAGCCGCAGCAUCGCUGAAGGCCUGGUAUCUCUACAGGCCACUCGAUGUCACCGUCCCGAGCAGCAUGGAAGGCGAGCUUGACACGACCAAGUGGAAGCCGAACAUGAUCGACUGCGGCGAGGUCAUUGUAUAAGAGGCCGCUGUAAAACCACGCUUUGGAGUUAUUCUGGGUCCGCUUUGGUAUGCAUGCAUGGAGGGGACGGUCAAUUUUCUUCGGCUGUGUAUUUUUCAAGACUGGAGGUUGGAGAGCGAGCGACGAGAAAAGAGAAAACGACGAAGGCCGAGUGGACGCAAGCGCGUGAGGGCUACGCACGAUUAGUGCCUAGAGUUGAAGCGAGGAAGAGGCGGGAACGCCAUUGUACAUGUACCAUAUGUCACAUCAUAGGGAUACCAUCCGGGAACCGUGUGUAGAAAUAGCAUCAUUGAUAUGA